CAACGCGCGUGCGCCGUAGGUUGAGUUUGGCGCGGGAUCCCACCAGGAAGUAUCGUGUAGGAGCUGCUCGCUGCUGUUGUCCCCGCUCGUCCCCGCUCGUCUUAUUGUCUCACGUCAGGUUUUCACCACUUUAACACAAGGAGACAACAUGUUUAACCAGGGAGGUUACAGUGAGUCCAGUGUGGGCGGAGGUUACACUCAGUCCCCGGGAGGCUUCGCAUCACCUUCUAUGUCCCAGGGGGGAGACAAGAAAGGGAGAACUCGUGCAAAUCAGAUAAUCCCCUGCACAGUGUCUCAGCUGAUGUCUGCUUCCCAGGCAGAGGAGUCGUUCAGAGUGGGAGAUGUGGAAGUUGCCCAGGUUACCUUCGUGGGUGUCAUCAGGAGCACGGACAAAUCCAUGACCAACAUCCAGUACAAGGUCGACGACAUGACGGGCGCUCCCAUGGACGUGAAGCAGUGGGUCGACACAGAGGAUCCUGGUGUGGACAGCACGGUGCUGCCCCCGGGCACGUACGUCAAAGUUUCUGGAAAUCUGCGCUCCUUUCAGAACAACAGGUCUGUUGUGGCGUUCAGCGUCAGACCCCUAGAGGACAUGAAUGAAAUCACAUCGCACAUGUUGGAGGUUGUCCAAGCACACAUGGCGCUCAGCAAACCUCAGAGCACGAAGAGUGCCGGAGGAGGAAUGAGCAGUAACGUCCCACCCAUGAUGAGGACGGACAUGGGCAACAAGGGGACCAUGGGAGGAAUGGGCGGGAGCUACGCUGGUGCUACCGACAUGACUAAGAACGGGUUGAGCGGGAACCAGAAUCAGGUGCUGAGUUUGAUAAGAAGCUGCCCAGAGCCGCAGGGCAUCAGCAUCCAGGACCUGAAGCAGCGACUCAGUGGUAUAAGCCUGACUGUUAUCAAGCAAGCAGUGGAAUUUCUUAGCAACGAAGGUCACAUCUUUUCCACCAUCGACGAAGACCAUUUCAAAUCGACAGACAGUGACGAUUAGACACCUUCCCCUCACAUCGGUGGGGGUUACCUGUUACCAAUUUAAGCUGACAUAAGUCUUUAGUAUGGGUUUUCUAACUUCGACCAAAUCCGGAACCAUUAACACCCCCGACCAUCUCUGUUUGGUGGAAAAACACGUGGUUUCAUCUUUAGUUUACACAUUCUUUAUUCACGAAGUUGCUUCUGCUAAUUUGCAAGUCCCAAAAAGAUUUUCAAAGCCUCUUUCCCCCAACCCCCGGUGUCCACUGUAAAGAGUUUUGUAAUUUUAAAGCCUGUAAACAUAAGUACUUGAUUUAUUUUUGUCUGUGUAAUUUUUGACAAUAUUAAAAGAUUAUAGAAAAA